UGAUGUACAAAACUCGAAUUUAGGUAUACAAUAGUAGGUCCAUAGUAAUAUUCCUCACCAAAACUAUGAAAUAUCUCAAACUUUUCGUUUGUUUGGCAAUCGUUGUGAUGGUGAAAGCCACACAGAUGAGCUCAAAACAACUUGUCCGGUAUUUUGGCGUCGAAUCACCAGAAAAAGCUCCGGAAUUUAUGUUAGUUUACCCCGUGGUUGCAACCGACAACUAUGAAGCUAUGGCCGCUACAACAGACGCGAUUGCUGUCGGGAAAAUGACCAUCGAAGUCUCGGCCUUCGGAGAAAACUUUCACAUGACGGUUCACCAGGAUUCCUCCUUCAUAGCUGACGGUUUGGAGGUGGUAUAUGACGGGGCUGGGAGCGAUUCACUGACGGGUCGUGAAGCAGUCCGCUCCGACUGUUACUACCGGGGAACUCUGGUAGGAGACGGGGAGUCAGUGGUGACGAUUAGUGCUUGCAGUGGCAUCUUUGCUUUUAUUCGGAGAGGCUCCGAAACGUUCUACAUCGAACCUCUGGACGAGCAAGAUGCAGUUGAGCUGAGCCCCGCAAAUGACAUAGUGGGGGCGCCCCACAUCAUGUACAAGGGCAGCAAGCAAGAGGACUUGAUUGGGUCGUGUGACGUCAUCGAUGAUGAUGAAAUGGAUUAUCCGGUACACGUACAUCCAGCUGAAGGACCAUCCGACAGGUACAUCGAGACGAUGGUGGUGGGUGACAGCGCCCUCUACGACAUACGAGGUGCCAACACGGCCACCAACAUUUUGGCCCUGAUGAACGCGGUGUCCCACGUCCUGGCUUUACCAAGUCUUAUUGGAGACAAGCUGAAACUUGUCGUUGUUGACAUGAGGGUCUACACAAACAACACUGGUGAUCUAGUAACGGCCGAAAAUGCGUACUGGACGCUGUUCCAUUUCUGCAAAUGGCAGAACAGGAGCAACCCGAUUUCGGAGGCGAACCCACGCCACCACGACAUCGCAACUCUGCUGACCGGAUUUAACAUUCAUGGUAGCCAUGGCGACGGGACUAAAGGAAUUUCACUGACAGGUGGCGCCUGUCAACGCAAGAAGCAGUGCUCAUUGGUCGAGUUUCUAGAACAGGACGCCAUUUACUCUACCGCUCAUGAGAUAGGACACAGUUUGGGCAUGCAUCACGACGGUCACCAUGGCAACUCUUGUCCAGAGUCAGGUUUCUUAAUGUGUCCUUACAUGCAGGACAACGAAGCCGAGCUGGGCUGGUCAAAUUGCAGCAGAAACUAUCUCUACAACUUCUUAAACACAAAAGGGACCUGUCUUGAGGACGAGCCGGGUAUUAAUCUUCUUCCAGAAACAGAGCAGUGAAAUUUCUCAAAGUCUAUGAGGUUUAACAAAGGCAUUGACUGGGUCGGGACUUGAACCUGCUACCUCUACACCGCCGUAAUGGUGCUCUACCAAUGAGCUAUCAGGUUUCUGACACGAUAGUCAGUCGGUGGAGCACUGGUAUGGACAUCUAAACGUCGCAGGUUCAAAUCGCACUUCCAUUCAAUUUACAGUUCGAGCUCCAGUCUUUAAAUGUUAAUAAAGUUCAGCCUAUAGAUUUAGAAACUUCAGCCUUUAAAGUUGUAGCACUUUCUGUGCCACAACCUGUGGUUGGCACUGUUUUAUACCAACCAUGGUCUGGCACACUUUGGAAGGUCGACGCUGCAAAAAUGGUUCUUAUAAUGUUUCCAAACAUUGGAUGUUUGAAAAUACAAAAUAACCAACAAAUGCCUUCAAAGACUUGAUCAAAAUGCCCCUUUCUUACAUAAUGAGGAUGUUACUAUACAAUUUUAGCAACCUCUGUUGCCAACCACAGCUUAAAAUUAUUAUUUUCAAUUUUUACAAUUUAUUUUUAUUUUUUAUCCCGUGGAUAACAUUUUACCUUAUUUAUUUUAUCAUAUUUUUUUUACCACGCCCACUUGGGGUCAACAUGCAAAUUGACGUCAAAGUAAACAUUAGUACAGUGUGUUUGACUCCACCCCGCUAGUUAUUUAAAUAAUACAGUUGUUAAUGACCGGGGGAUUAAAGCGUGUGAUGUUACUACCCCUGUCAGGCGAGCUUAUAAUCAUUCCUGAAUCCAUGUCGUCUCCAAAGUUUGGGCACAACCAUAUUUGGAAGUUCAAUUGGCUCUCAAAUAAACUCGACCAUAAAAGUAUGUAAUGAAAAGAAACAAAACAAAACAUUCCAGUUACGCUGGACAUUGCAGCAAGAUGGUAGUAUACAGUUAUACCAAUUGUCAAUCUACUUUGAAGGCAGUAGUCUCAUCUCCUGAUCAUUCGAGUUGUCCUCCGAAGAAAAAGCCUCGCGUGGUUCCCGCCUCCUAAAAGGUAAAUACAAAAGGUACAAGUUUUUAAGAGGAGCCAGACUUAUCUUUUUCUUAGUGUUCGAGAUUGAAUAUUUCUCUUGGUAAAAAGAUUUUUAACUUACAAUUUUCCAGAGUUAUUUUAGUGGAUAUUAAAUAUUGAGUGACACUCGUGACUCAAAUGUGUACAUUGCAGACAAA